GCUCAGGAAAGCCAUUGCCCGCCCGCAGCUUCAGAUUAGCCAUGUCUCUGGCGCCUCCUCCUCUGCUCCGCCUCCGCGCCUCCCGCCUCUCAGCCGCCGGCCCAUCCCGUCCUCUCUCCGGAUGCCUCGCCACCGGGAGGGGCCCCGGCUCCGGCCGCGCCUACUGCCUCUUCUCCGGCGCCGGCGCCGGCCGCCGGAAGCAGGAGGAAGCUAGGAGAGGGCUGGAGAGUGCCUUAGACCAGAACAAGGCAGGUUUCAGGACAUGGGGCGCGGACACUGAUACAAGGCGGCGAAGAGAACGGCAUGGUGGUCCAGCUCCUGCUGCCAGUGGUGGUGGCAAGGGAAGGUCUGGAGGUGGAGGCGGAGGUGGUUGGUUCAGGUGGUUUAGCAGCGGAGGCUUCUGGGACGCGGCGAAGCAGACUGUUCUGACGAUCCUCGCCAUUAUCGCAGCGGUCUUCCUCAUCGCAAAUUUUAAUGUGCUUCUGGCGGCUGCCGUCUAUCCGUUGCUGGUCGUGUUGCGGCAAAUACGGCGUGCAAUCACCUUUGCGGCUUACUGCAUUUCUCGGGCCAUGUCGGCGCCCACUUCCAGGCCGAAACCAACCCCUGUAGACAGGGGUGAGGUGGUGGCUCCAGCGCCUGUCAAGGAAAGAGCCAGAAUGUCUGCAAGAGAACGAGUUGUUGCGAAAUGGCGUUCGGACUGAAUUGGAGGACGUUUCAACGCCUUGCAUCGUUUUACGGGCUGGUCAGGUAGUUUUCAUACCAUGACUGUACAAGUCCUGUUUCUUGUUUUCAAGAAAGCGGCCGGAGCACAGCACAGACUUUUAUAUUAGAAGUAGAUGGCGUUACGGCUGUUUAUGUUUGAAUGGGCUAAUUAUAAGCACUAUUUCUGUGGAAGAUACCUUGGAAAUUCCACAUUUACUUGUAGCUGGUGGUUGGAUUUGAGCUCUGGGCUUGAUCGACAAUAUAUAUGCUUAUACAGGCAGCUUUCAUCA